AUGGCUUCUUCUGUUUUGUCCAUGUCCUUAUCGGCGUCUCUCGCCGGCAAGAGCAAAGUCUUUUCCUCCAAGACAAACAAAUCUAUCUCUUCCAAUAGAAAGGUCUCCAAGAUCACCACGACGGUGCGCGCGACUGGCACCAUGGUGGACGAUAAGACCGGGAUCAAGAAGAUGAGAGACGGCAUCAAAGAAGCCGCGGAUGAGAACUUGUUGACGCCGAGAUUUUACACCACAGAUUUCGACGAGAUGGAACAACUCUUUUCGACGGAAAUCAACCCGAAUCUGGACGAGUCCGAGAUCUUCUCCAUCUUGAACGAGUUCAGAGACGAUUUCAACCAAAAGCACUUUGUCCGCAACGACGAGUUCAAGGCAGCCGCGGACGGGAUCCAAGGCGAACAAAGAAGAAUCUUCAUCGAAUUUCUCGAGCGAUCGUGCACGGCUGAAUUCUCCGGCUUUCUUUUGUACAAGGAACUCGGGAGACGCUUGAAGAAAACGGCGCCAACCGUCGCGGAAAUUUUUACGCUCAUGUCCAGAGAUGAAGCCAGACACGCCGGUUUCUUGAACAAAGCGAUGAGCGACUUUAACUUGGCCUUGGAUUUGGGUUUUUUGACGAAGAACAGACAAUACACUUUUUUCAAGCCGAAGUUUAUCAUGUACGCGACGUACUUGUCCGAAAAGAUCGGCUACUGGAGAUACAUCUCCAUCUACAGACACUUGCAAGCGAACCCGGACGACCAGUUGUACCCGAUCUUCAAGUACUUUGAAAACUGGUGCCAAGACGAAAACAGACACGGUGACUUCUUUUCCGCCAUCUUGAAGGCGAGACCGGAAUUCUUGAACGACACGGAAGCCAAGUUGUGGAGUCGAUUCUUUUGCUUGUCCGUGUACGUCACCAUGUACUUGAACGAUCACUCUCGAUCUGAAUUCUACGAAUCUUUGGGCAUGGACACCACCAAGUUCAACAUGCACGUCAUCCACCAAACGAACAAAACGACCGCGACUAUCUUUCCGCAAGUCAUUGACACGUACAACCCGGCUUUCAAGGCUGGCUUGGACGGCAUGUUGGCGGCGAACCAAAAGAUGGCUGCCAUCUCCAAGUCGGACGACUCUGACAUCGCGAAGGCUUUGGCCAAGGCGCCGUUGUUGGCUACUUUUGCCGCCGAGUUGGUGAAACUCAUGAUCAUGAAGCCGGUUGACUCUGGAUCUGUUGACACGAACUUGGAAGAUCACCACAUGGACGUCAACGAUCCGGCGUUUAUGUACUAA